AUCAUAAACGUAUUGCAAAGCAGUCGGUCUCCGCACGUCCGCAUUUCUACGGAGAGCGAGCGAGAGAGUGCAAUGGCCGAGUCAUCGAAUCCCUUAGGGUUUCUGGGGAGGCACUUCGAGGAGGUGAAGGAGCACUGGAGGAAGAACUUUGCGUUCCUUGAUUACUACAAGAAGACACUGGGAUGGGAAAAACCACCGCCCAAAUGGAUUGACGCAGAUGUUGAGGAAUUUAUCUCCUCAGAUCGCGUGUACGGUCCACAGCUGAAAGCUUUACGGGAAUCAAGGAAGUAUGCUAUUGCUGGGGCGUUUCUUGGUGCAGUACAUUUAGGUGGCAUUUCCUUCAAAUAUUCUAAGAGUCCGCAUGGUGUUAUAUUGGCCACUGGGUUUGGAGCUCUUUGUGGUGGUGUGUUUGGGGCUGAAGUUGCUGAACAUGUGAAGCAGCUCUAUAAGGUGGAUAAACAAGGUGCUAAUCUCAGGUUUCUCUACUGGUGGGAAGACAAAACUAAAGGAAGUUCCCAGUAAUUCUUGACUGGUUCCAGUGCUCUCGGCCGAUGAUGCCGUCACACCAAGCCAACUUCCAUCAGCCAUGUUUGGUUUUUUUAUGAAUAAACAGUUAAUACUCCAUCCUUUUUUACUGAACAAUUGAGCUUCUUGUAUGAUUCUGAAGGCUCAUAUGUUACCUAGAAAUAAGAUGGAAAUGCACCAUGUAUUAUGUUCAUUUUAACUUGUGACCUUUGAUUUUGAAGCUGGCAAUUAUGAUGUUAUUUUCUGCUGU